AUGAUUGAAGAGGAGGGACUUUAAGUAAAGAGCUAGUUGGAAUAAUAAUUGAUAGAAGCUAUUCUAGAUUCAUUGCAGAAUCAUAUGGAAUAGAAUGCUAUCUUUUUGGCUGAGAGAUUAGUGUAUGAACACGACACAGAGGAGCACAGAUCAAUACUAGCAGAAUGCUAUUUACAUGAGAAUCAGCCUUAUAAGGCAUGCCAUAUAUUGAAGGAAUGCAAGUCAGAGUUUAAUCGUUAUCAAUUGGCAGUGGCGUAUUUUAGGAUCAAAAAGUACAAGGAGGCUGAAAUGGCAUUAAUAGGUCCCUCAUUUGGCAAUCAAUUCUUGUUGCAGUCAUCAAAUACACCUAAUGGAAGUUUUGGUGAUUUUUUAUUGGGAUAGAUAUAUGAAUCAAUGCUUCGAAUAGACGAUGCUAAAAUACAGUAUUAUAAAGCACUGGAUCAGAAUCCAACUCUUUGGGUGGCCUUUGAAAGGUUGUCCAAGAUUAAUGAGCCAGUCACAAUAAAUAAAGUGUUUAUCGAUCAAAAGCAGAGACAAUAUGAAAUGAGCAGACAAUAGAGUUGCAACAUCUAUAAAAUACUUGCAAACUCACUUAAGAACAAGUCAAACAUUACAAAAUCUGGUUAAAAAGAAGUUGAUGAUGUUAAAGAGGAAUUUCUAGUUAUUGAUAAUAUAAAUAAGAGACAAACUCAAGGAGUGAAACCAUUCUCAACAACUGGAGUGUAGGCUUAAAUCAUUCAUUUGGAUGACUCAUCUAAUAGUUAAAUGAAGUUUACCUGUAAGUUUAGUAUGAUAAUAUUUUAAGAACUUCAAUAGAAGAAGAUUAGUGCGAAGAUGAUCCCAACUCCUGGGAUUGGAUUAUAAAAUUAUCAAUCUCUAUUGAGUCAACCAUUCCAGUUAUCAUCCAAUCAAAAUAAGAAUUAUAAUGCAAAAAAGAGUGACAUUUAGAAAGUAGGCAGUGUAACUCUUCAAUCGUCGCCUAGUUUAAUGAGCUUACCUCAACUCUUAAAAUUAUUUGCCCAUCCAUAUCAAUUAUGGACUAACUAUUCUGUAGAGGCAAUAGCCAACUUUUAGAAACUGCCACCUCAGCAUUACAGGUCAGGAUGGGUUUUGGAGAAAGUUGCCAGAAGUUUCAUGGAUUAAGUCAAAUAUACAGAUGCGGAAAGAGUUUGGAAGGAGAUGAGACAAAUUGAACCUACUCGAUUGGAGGGGAUGGAUUAUUACUCCUCUUGUUUAUGGCAUUUGAAGAAACAAUCAGAAUUAACAUAUUUAGCACAUUCUUGUUUAUAAAUCUCUAUGUAAGCACCUGAAACUUGGAUUGCAAUAGGCAAUUGUUUUAGUUUGAUCAAAGAAAUUGACAAUUCAAUCAAAUUCUUUGGGAGAGCCAUUCAAUUAAGAAAGGAUUACUCUUAUGCUUACACUUUGUCUGGACAUGAGUUUUCACAGAAUGAGAAUUUUCAUUAAGCCAAAAAAUCAUACGAGACUGCAACCUCACUGGAUUAGAGAUAAUACAAUGCUUGGUGGGGUUAGGGCAACAUGUAUUACAAGACGGAUAAAUACUGA